AGAAAAUGUAAGUGAAUUAUGAAGCUUUGAUAGAUGGUAUAAAUAAAUAUAUGAUUAUAAAUAGAGGCUAAGAAUAAGAUGCUUAAAUGGUAAGAAAUAAAUGAAUAGAAUAUGUGGGAAUUAUAUUCAAAUAAAGAUGGAUAUAUUGUGUAUACAAAGAAGAAUCCAGAAAAUGGAAUAGCAAUGAAUAGGACUUAAACAGAAAUAGCAAGAACACCAGAUUAAAUAUUAGAUUUGGUAGGAGAUGUGAAUAAAAGACCAUUGUAUGAUGAGAAGAUUGAAACUGUAUAAUAAUAGAUUUAUUAACAUAGGCUCAUGUGAUUGAAUAAAUAGAUGCCAAUACUAGAAUUGUUUAUGUUAGAAUCAAACCACCCAUUCCUUUUAUGAAUAGUAGAGAUUUAGUAAUGGUUCAGAAGGUCUAUAAAUAAAAUGAUGGCAUAUAUAUUGUUUGUUGUAAGAAAAUCAUUAAACUUUAUAAUAGCUAAAUCAAUCAUUCAUUAGAAAACUCCACCUAUUCACAAAGUUGAAAGAGCAGAAAUGCAUUUAAGUGGUUGGAUUAUCAUACCUCAACCAAAUCAAGUAUAUAGCUAAUCUUUAAUAUUUAGAUGACUAAAAUCAUUGCUAUAUAGUGUUUUGAUCCUAGAGGUGAUGUACCAUAAUCAGUGACUAAUCAAUAUGCAAAGUUGUAAUCAGACAUGAUGAAAGCAGCAGUAAAAUAUAUUGCACUUAAUUAUAAAUGAG